ACAGUCGCUGCUUUCGCUAUGUUGCCACAUCCAUGACUUGGGCGAAUGCUGAGAAAAACUGUCUGUCCAUGGGAGCAAACCUUGCAUCAGUUCGCAACGCGUACGAGUACCGCCGGGUUCAGGCUCUGAUACGUGCAGCAAGUCGUAAUUCCAGAGAAGCAUGGCUUGGAGGCUCUGAUGCACAGCAGGAGAGAACCUGGUUGUGGAGCGAUGGAAGUCCUAUGAGGUACACAAACUGGUGUCGAGGGCAGCCUGAUAAUGCUCGACGCAGCCAGCACUGUUUGCAGAUGAACUGGUCAGGUGCAAAGUGCUGGGAUGACUUGUGGUGUAAUCACAGUCGGCCUUUUGUCUGCGCCAAGAGACUCAGAAGACGUUGAGGUUCCCAAAGAGGCCUGAUGUGUAAAACAGAACCAGUGGAGGAUGAAUGCUAGGAGUUUCUGUUUACCUGCCUUUCUGCACCUUCCUAAGAAAACCAAAAGAUAUUUCUGCAUCUUUUCUUCACAUCAUUUCUGUCUUUAAUGCAACCUAAGGAAUGAAGCGACAAGUAAACAGCAGCUGGAUUGUCUCUCUGUAAUAAGAUCAGACUGAAUGAGUUAUAAUAAUGGAUCAUCUUAGCAAAACUUUCUUCUGUUCUUUGGCUUAGCAAGAAUAAAACUUUGAGCAAUCAAAACAA